GAACGGAAAAACCUCCUGGGCUUGCCUCCCCUGGACGAACCGCCACCGAAACCAGCAUGGCCAUCGCGGGUAGUUCAACCUCGCAACCUGCAGCCAUGGUCAGGGGCCCAAGCCCAGGGCAUGCAAGCAUCAGCAGAAGUGCUGGUUCAAGCCCAGCCGCAAACUGGCGUGCCAAAGCCGCCCAGUGGCCCUCCGCCUGCCAAGCUGCAAGAGCCGCCGGGGCCUCCAACUGAGCCGCAGAGCGGCCUGUCAGCCAAAGCUCCAGCUUUCCAGCCUGGCUAUGCUUGGCAGAAAGCUCCGCCCGCCCAGUGCGCAGUGGCCAUACAUUCCUAUCCUGAGCACGGGGACCAGCGCUGCCACCAAGUGCCGGUGGAGAGGGGCAACGGCAACAUCAUGUCCAUGACGCUUCCCCGCACGCCUUUGCAGGCAGCGCAGCAUGAAGGCCCGCCGCUGCCGCCGGCAGACCAUUGGCCAUCCCAGUCCUCAAAUCUCGGGUCCCGUCCAGUCCUUUCCCAGACGGAUCCCAGUCAUGCAGCGCAGGACUACCACCCAGCACGUGCGCAAAUGGGCCCAGGCAAGAGCCGCGUGUCGGCGGACUCCUACCAGCCCAUUCCGCAACAAGCGGCCCGGCACGGAGGCCCCGCACCUGCCCAACGCAGGCAGUAUGAGGAACUUCCAGCUCCACACCGCCACCAAGCAUGGAACUCAAGGUCCCCGGAAGCCCCUAACACCCGGCAACAGGUGGCUGUCAUGCGCCGGCAGCAACGUCCCGUGCAGGAAGCAGAGACCGGCCAUUGGGAGGAUAGCUGGGGACAGGAUUGGCAGGAGCAGGACUGGCAUGAGCAGGACUGGCACGGGCAGGAGUGGCAGGCAGAGUGGUGGCGGGAGGACUGGAGGGGCCCAUGGAGUGACUGGGCAGCAAGUCUGGGCAAGAACCAGGGCAGCAAAGGUGGAUGGAGCUCCUGGCAGGAGAAAGGCCAGGAGAAAGGGAAGCACAAGUCGAAAGAUUGGGGCCGUGAGGGCACAAAGGCGCAGCAAAAGCCACCUCUCCGCCGACGCAAGUUCAGCGAUGAGGCAGUACCAGAAAAGCAGGGCCAGCAUGCAGCUCUGGCAGGGUGGUGGCUGAAGCAGGUGACGAUAUCUUCUACGAGCUCCGAUUCCUCAAAUUCACCGCCAAGGAGACAGGAGAAGGGCGGAAUGGGCAGAGGACAGGGAAAAUCGGCCAGGGCAGCACUUCGUCAAUUGAUUGAGCAGCAGAAGCAGCAGGAGGCAGACAGCACGAACAAGGUGUGGCAGCGCCGUGAGGGUCGCGGCUCUGUUCGACAGUGA